AUGGUCACUACCUUUCUAAGAAAAAACAUCCUUUUUCUUCCAUCUCGGCAAUACAUUUAUGUUCUAUCUAUCUAUCUAUCUAUCUAUCUAUCUAUCUAUCUAUCUAUCUAUCUAUCUAUCAUAGCCUUAUUCUGGUCCUUUAUUUCGCCCCUUUUCCAUAUAAAUCGGCCUAUUCCUAUCUAUCUAUCUAUCUAUCUAUCUAUCUAUCUAUCUAUUACAAACUGUUCAUUAUCUAUCUAUCUAUCUAUCUAUCUAUCUAUCUAUCUAUCUAUCUAUCUAUCUAUUACAAUCUGCUCAUUAUCUAUCCAUCUAUCUAUCUAUCUAUCUAUCUAUCUAUCUAUCUGUUACAAUCUGAUCAUUAUCUAUCUAUCUAUCUAUCUAUCUAUUACAAACUGCUCAUUAUCUAUCUAUCUAUCUAUCUAUCUAUCUCAACCUGUUCAUAUCAUCAUCUAUCUAUCUAUCUAUCUAUCUAUCUAUCUAUCUAUCUAUCUAUCUAUCUGUUACAAUCUGAUCAUUAUCUAUCUAUCUAUCUAUCUAUCUAUCUAUCUAUUACAAACUGCUCAUUAUCUAUCUAUCUAUCUAUCUAUCUAUCUAUCUAUCUAUCUAUCUAUCUAUCUAUCUAUCUGUGUCUGUCUGUUUUCGUUCAUAGCUAUCUAUCUAUCUAAACAUUUUUGCUGGUGUCUGUCUGUCAUUAACUUUACAAUUAUUUUUCUUCUUCAAAUACAACACCACCCGUGUUUUUUUUUUCAGUGA